AUGCACCGUGACUCUUGUCCGCUAGACUGCAAAGUCUAUGUAGGAAAUCUUGGAAACAAUGGCAAUAAGACAGAACUUGAGCGGGCGUUUGGGUACUAUGGACCUCUUCGUAGUGUGUGGGUUGCCAGGAAUCCCCCUGGCUUUGCAUUCGUAGAAUUUGAAGAUCCCAGAGAUGCAGCUGAUGCGGUUAGAGAGCUUGAUGGACGGACAAUGUGUGGGUGUCGCGUUCGGGUUGAAUUAUCGAAUGGUGAAAAACGAAGCCGGAAUCGUGGUCCUCCACCAUCUUGGAACAGGAGGCCUAGGGAUGAUUACCGUAGGAGGAGUCCUCCUCCAAGACGCAGAUCUCCAAGGAGAAGGAGCUUUUCACGUAGCCGUAGUAGGUAA